GCUAGCCUGACACUGAUCCCUCUUCUCUUCACCCAACCACCACCAUCACAUCCUCCCCCUCCAUCCUCACUCUACCUGCUGCAACAAAAAUGUUGUCGGACGGUCUCGUCACCUCUCGGCUGGCAUGGCUCUCGGGCCUGAGCACCUCCAACAUCCCUGAGAUCACGGAGGAGACCAAGUACAGGAGGAAGACCGCAAUUAUUGCUACUAUUGGCCCCAAGACCAACUCGGUCGAGAAGCUGACAGCGCUCAAGAAGGCGGGCAUGAACAUCGUCCGCAUGAACUUUUCGCAUGGUUCCUACGAGUAUCACCAGAGCGUCAUCGACAACACCCGCCAGGUGUACAAGAAUGUUGGCGGUCGUCCCCUUGCUAUCGCGCUCGAUACCAAAGGUCCUGAAAUCCGCACUGGUCUGAUGAAGGGCGACCAGGAUAUUAAGAUCCAGGCCGGACACGAGUUCGUUGUCACGGUUGACCCGAAGUAUGCCGAGGCAUGCGAUGAUAAGUUCAUGUAUGUGGACUACACCAACCUGUCGAAAGUCACCGAACCUGGCAAGCUCAUCUAUGUCGACGAUGGUAUCCUUACCCUCCAAGUCCAGAAGAUCCAGGGCACCUCCGUCUUCGUCAAGUCUGUGAAUAAUGGUACCCUGUCCUCCCGCAAAGGCGUUAACCUCCCGAAGACGCCCGUCGACCUCCCUGCCCUUUCUGCCAAGGACAAGAAGGAUCUGCAGUUCGGUGUCAAGAACGGUGUUGACAUGAUCUUCGCUUCCUUCAUCCGCCGCGCACAGGAUGUGAUCGACAUCCGGGAGACGCUCGGGCCAGACGGCGCAAACAUCAAGAUCGUUGUGAAGAUUGAGAACGAGCAGGGUGUGGAGAACUUCGACGAGAUCUUGGAGGCGACAGACGGUGUCAUGGUCGCUCGUGGCGAUCUUGGUAUCGAGAUCCCGGCGGCACAGGUAUUCCUCGCCCAGAAGAUGAUGAUCGCGAAAUGCAACCGCGCUGGCAAGCCUGUGAUUGUGGCUACGCAGAUGCUUGAGUCCAUGACAUAUAACCCUCGCCCGACCCGUGCUGAGGUUAGUGACGUUGCCAACGCCGUUCUGGAUGGCGCCGACUGCGUCAUGCUCUCUGGUGAGACUGCUAAGGGUAACUACCCAAUUGACGCCGUGACGAUGAUGGCCGACAUCUGCUAUCUUGCGGAGAGCGCGAUUUGCUAUCCUCCCCUGUUUGAUGAACUCCGCGCCAUCACCGCCCGCCCCACUGACACCGUUGAGACGGUUGCUAUUGCUGCUGUGUCCGCCGCGCUCGAGCAGGACGCGAGCGCCAUCCUCGUCCUCUCCACCAGUGGGAACACCGCUCGCCUGAUCGCCAAGUACCGCCCGCACGUACCCAUCAUCACCGUUACGCGCAACGAGCAGACAGCGAGGCAGAUCCACUUGCACCGUGGGUGCUAUCCGUUCUGGUACCCGGAGCCACGCGGGAUCGAGGCUUCCCAGUGGCAGACAGACGUCGACAACCGCAUUCGGUACGGUCUCAAGAACGCCCUCGCCCUCAACGUCAUCAAGGUUGGUACGCCUGUCAUCGCCGUCCAGGGCUGGAAGGGCGGUCUGGGCCACACCAAUACCCUCCGUAUCCUCAAGGUGCCGACUGACCCCGCGGACCUGGAGAUGCAGUCGCUGAGCGGCUGAAGGCUUGUAGACGAGGGAGUGAGCUGCUUUGGCGCUGACGAGGGAGCAGCGCCAAAACCCCCAUGAUUUUCUGUUUGCUAUCCCAUAUGAAAACUGUGUCAUGUCUCGAUAUAAAAGCUCUUAGACCGUCAAGUGAACGAGAAUAUAAUUGUGUCCGCAACAUCUGCGAAAUCCAUGAGAAAUCGUACCCGUUCCACUAUCCUGAUUCACAAAGAGUGAGUUAC